UUCGCACGUAUUAGCUUCUACGACAGCGUUCAAAGGGAACGUACAUGAUGCAGUGCAUUUCUAAAUUCGAAUAAGUGCAGGGACAUCAGGUCUUACAUUUACAUUGUUAUCAGCUGGAGCUCGACAAGAAGCUGAUCAAGUGGCGAAGCAAGAUGAAGCAUUUGGUCAUUUUGUCUUUGUUUUCCCUCACAUGUUCGGUUGUUUUCGGCGAGGAAGACUUAACCAGAGUAGUGAGACAACUGCCUCAAGUGUUAAACCAAUGUACAUGCUUCGAUAAACUUGAACAGUUGGCAAAGAAAUACAGAACUCUUUCCAUUGCUGACUUGAGUUUCGAUGUUACGACUGUUUCUGCUUUAAUGCAAAAUUAUACGGCGCAUCCCAUCAUGAAGACGUAUGUGAGCGUAUUUGAAAAUUAUGUUGUCGCCAAUGUGAAGGCACUGGCGGAUUCCUUGGUUAAGUUUCACAACGCACGUCCUAAAAUGGUAGACGCAUUGACUAAAGUCACAUUCAAUAACGCUGUUAGAAAUAAAGGUCUCGAUUUCAUGAAUUCUUCACUUCCAUUUUAUACACACGGAUCUGAGAAGUUAAGAUUUGAAGAUAUUUCAUCAUAUGCUUUGAAAAGUGUUCUUAAAUCUGGCUUACAACUUUCAAAAAUGGUGAAAAAUGCAACGAGACUAUCCAAUUCCGACGAGAGGUCGAUACUUAGUCAACUCAGCAGAAGCAUUUUACCACUGACGCAAUCUGGGAGAACGGGUUGGAAAGCUUAUGGCCAAAUAAACAAAGGAUUCAAGAAGAUCAAAAAGGCAUGCAGAUCCGCUGUAAGACGUAGUGCGAGAAGUAUAAGAGAUGAACGGGGAUCAAUAUGUGGACUGAGCUGUCCACCACCCCUCCUUCCACCAGGAUGCCCAGAUUGUGGUGAACAUGGGUCGUGUGCUAAAUUACCAUCGGGGAGGUACUUUUGCAAAUGUAACCCAAUGUAUCACGGUGAACUUUGUUACUCCAAGUACGAAAGAAGUGAAAUGGUAGAAUGUACAGCCUGGGGAGACGUGCAUUUUACUACGUUCGACGGAGCCAAAUUUGAAAUUCAGAAUCAGUGCGAACUUAGACUGGUGAAUGGUUUCGGAGCUGUGCCGCAUUUUGAAGUUAAAUUAUUACCAUAUUUUAAAAGUCCUGGUGCUCAUGUUUCUUACACUAAACGUAUUUCCGUUAUAACAAGAGACGACACGAAAGACACUUUAAUCGAAAUAUUUCAUAAAGAUGGCGCCGGGCACCGUGUAAAGAUCGAUGGCGUGCGAGUUUCAAAAUUUCCAAAGACAUUAGUUGUGAUCUACACGAUUGGGGGUCAGCCAUAUGCGAUACAUCACAUAAUCAGCAUAAUCACACGAGACAGUACUGAUUUCGUCGAAGUUAACAUGGAAGAAGAUGUUGGCGUUAUCGUGCAGUAUGACGGUAAUCCUGCGAACGGACGCACUUAUGUAAGAUUAGCGGACUAUUGGAAAUUGAAUGUUGAUGGUGUUUGUGGUAACUACGAUGGGAAUCCAGAGAAUGAUAUUCGAACAAGGAGCGACGCUUUCUAUGUCUAUAGAGGCAACGAGAAAAACCACGGCGUUUUAAUUGGAAAUAGUUGGAAAACGUCUCAUGAAUGUAAAUCCACCGUAAUGGAUGAUUCAUUUAACAUAGACCGACCUUGGAGGGACUUGCAUGGUUGGCAUAAAAAACGCAGAGAUAUAAACAAGCUGAUGCUGACUAAACUGUACUGCCAGAUCGCGGAUUGUCUCGGGGAGGUCGGGCAUCACAAAUGGGAGUCGUGUGUUGCUGACACGUAUUAUGCGGAGUCUGUUGAGCAUCAGUGUCAUAUACUCGAAACAAAUGUAUUUGCCAAGUCUAAAUGCUGGAGAGAGGAAUUCAAUUGUUCUGCUAUAUUUGAACAUGGACUUUAUGGGAAAUAGUUGAUGUGAAAAGAUGUGAAGAGGAUAAAAAUGCUUUGAAAAUUACCGCCUAUUAACCUUAGCUUAGAGCCAUU